AUGACUGCAAAGCUUCAACUGUACAACUUCCAGUUCAAAAUUAUUAGCUGCUAUGCCCUAACCCUGUGCUUAUCCUCUAAGGAGAAAGACUCAUUCUAUGCCGUGCUGGAAGCCUUGAUCAAAGACACAUCGGCGGGCGAUUGCAUGGUGUUGCUUGGAGACUUCAAUGCCUGGACAGGGUUUAACUACACUGCCUGGGAAGAUGUCCUUGGCCCCCACGGCAUUGGAAAAAUGAACGAAAAUGGUCAGAGACUGCUUGAGCUGUGCGCUCGUCACAACAUCUGCAUACCCUCAUCCUUCUUCAAUGGUUCGGAAAGGGCAAAGGUCACGUGGAAGCACCCGAGAUCUGGCCACUGGCACCAGCCGGACCACAUACUUGUGAGGCAGUCUGCACUUCCACAGGUGACCAACUGUCGCAGCCUACUCUCAGCAGAUUGUGACUCGGACCAUGCCCUGGUCCGCUGCCGACUCAGAGUAAAGAAGAAAGGAAUGCACCAUGCCAAGCCACCUCCACCACCGCGCCCGGACCUCUCCAACCUGGCUGAUAUGGAUCGCCGUGUACAGCUCCAAUCUAACAUCUCACAAGGUUUAGCUGAGAAGACGCCAUCACAUGACCCAACCGAGUGCUGGGAAUCCCUCAAGCAUGUCAUCAGAUCUUCUGCCAUGAAAUCACUUGGGAAGCAAGUGCGGAAACAGCCGGACUGGUUUCGCCACAGUGCUGAUGUGCUCCUUCCUGCUAUUGCGUCCAAGCGCAGUACCCGACUGGCAUUCCUUAACAAGCCUUCUCCCAGGAACAGAGCCUCUUAUCAGUCUGCUAAGGCUGAAGUUCAGCGCUGCACAAGACAAACCCUGCAUCGCUACUGGCUUAACCUGAGUGAGCGUAUCUGCAGGUGCUCUGAUGCAGGGAAUCUGCAUGGAAUGUACAGAGGCAUCAAGGAAGCACUGGGGCCUGUCCCAAAGAAGACGGCUCCACUGCGUGCAUCUGAUGGUACACUUCUAACCGACAUGCAGGCACAACUAGACCGUUGGGUCGAACAUUACAGCUCCUUGUAUGGCACUCCAGUAAAUGCUAAUCUAACAGCCAUCGCAAUGGCAAUUCCACAGUUGCCUGCAAAACUCGAGCUGGACCGGGAAAUCACCGCCAUCGAGGUGAAGCAAGCGAUUGGUGCAUUACAGAAUGAUGAACUCCGGGACGCAAGCAUAACUACACUGUACAAGAAUAAGGGCGACCGUCAUGACUGUAAUAGCUACAGGGGCAUUUCCUUGCUGAGCACAGUCGGCAAAGUGCUUGCCCAUGUCAUCCUACCACGCCUCCGCUGUCUUGCUGAUCAAAUAUUACCAGAGAGUCAGGCCGGUUUUAGACCAAACCGCUCCACACUGGACAUGAUUUUCUCUUUUCGUCAACUGCAAGAGAAAUGCGUCGAACAGCGACGCCCCCUCUACACUGUCUUUGUGGACCUGACUAAAGCAUUCGACUACGUGAGCCGCACAGGCUUAUUUGCAGUCUUGGAGCGCUUGGGAUGUCCACCAACUUUACUGGCUAUCAUCGGAGCUCUCCAUGAUGGAAUGCAGGCCGCUGUUCAGUAUGACAGGUCGGUGUCUCACGGCUUCAGUGUAAAUUGUGGAGUGAAGCAGGGUUGUGUUUUGUCUCCUACGCUGUUUGGGAUCUACUUCUCUGUCUUGCUCCGCAGCGCUUUUCCUACAUCAAGCGGGAUCAUGCUCCACACUCGAUCCACAGGAGGUCUGUUCAAUCUCUCCCGCCUGCGUGCAGGAACGAAGGUCUCCAAAGUCAUGGUACGUGAGCUCCUCUAUGCUGAUGAUGCCGCUUUUGUUGCGCAUUCUCAGGAAGACCUGCAGCAACUUUGUGAUGCUUUUGCCCGCUCAUGCCAGGACUUUGGCAUGAAGAUCAGCAUUCGCAAGACUGUUGUGCUUGGCACUAACAUCCAGGAAUCACCAGUCAUCACACUCCAAGAAACUUCACUACAGACGGUCACCAAGUUCACAUAUCUUGGUUCCACUGUGACUUCGAACAACUCUCUGGAGGAAGAACUCGGCAAAGCUGCAACAAUAUUUGGACGCCUGCGUAAACGUGUGUCUGACAACAACCGUCUCCCUCUACCUUUGAAGAUCAAGGUAUACGAAACAUGUAUACUAAGCAUCCUCCUGUAUGGCUCAAAGGGAUGGACAGCAUACAGACGUCAGGAACGCCGCUUGAAUGCAUUCCAUCUGCGUUGUCUGCGAUCAAUCCUUGGACUCACUUGGCGGGACCGUGUCCCUAACACUGAGAUCCUGUGGAGGACGGAGUGCCUUGACAUGCGCACAUUGCUUCAGAAACGUAGGCUGCGCUGGAUAGGCCAUGUCAUACGGAUGGACGAUGCCUGCCUACCAAAAUACAUACUCUUUGGCGAGCUUCCUAAUGCCCCUCGUCCAGUAGGCCGCCCAAAGCUGCGGUAUAAGGAUGUAGUCAAGCGUGAUCUACAGUCCUUUUCCAUCAACUUGACUGACUGGGAGAGCGUUGCAGCCAACAGGUUGGGCUUGCGUAGUGUAUUACACCAGGGGAGCAGCCUUGCCCAUCAAACCUACAUGGAAGAGUGCAACGCCAGACGCACUACCAGGCACCGUUGUGCUGAUCGUCGUUGA